AUGCUUAAAACACAUCAACCUUUUAUUCCUCAAAUUCGUUUUCGAUCUAAUCAAAGUUAUCUAUUUAAAAAAGUUUCUAUUGCACAUUAUACAACAUCAUAUGGUUCACGCACUGAUUCACAGUCAAAUGUUUUUAAUACAAAUUUAAAACAAGUAUGUGAAAUAUAUGAUCCUGAAGAGUAUGCAUAUGCUGAUGGUAUUAUUGUUAGUCUUGUUGAUUUUGUUCGUUUUCCAACAUUAUCUAAUGAAAAAGAAUCAUAUAGAAGAAAACAUCAAUCACAAUUAUGGUUAAUAAAUAUUGAAGAAUCUCCAAGAAAUUCUUAUAGAACAGCUCAAAUAAAUAAUGUAACUGAACUUGACGAUUGGUUUAAUUUAACAGCAACAUUAAAACCAGAAUCUGAUUUUCAUAUUCAAUAUAGAGGAUAUCGUAUUAAACCUGAAAUAGUAAAUCUUAUUCAAAAUAAAUUAAAUCUUAAAUUUAAUCAUACAAUUAAUUCAACAUUUCUUCCACCAUCAAAUUCAUUUAUAAAUGUGCCUUCAAUUUAUUUAAAUACUCUUACAUCAGUAUUAAAUAAAGAAUUAAAUGAUCGACAAGAUGCACAUUCACAAGCUUGUCCUUAUACAUGUAAUCAACCAUUAUCAACUGAUUUAAUUCAAUCUCUUCAACCAUAUUUACCACCAAUUAGUCCACGUGUUUUAAAUCGUAAUAUUGUUUAUAUAGCUUGGUUUGUAUCAAAUUGUGAUAGUCAUUCUGGUCGUGAACAAUAUGUAUAUAAAUUACGUUCACAACCAGGUAUUCGUAUUGAUAUCUAUGGUAAAUGUAAAUCAUUAUUUCAUUCACAUAUUAUACCGACGGAAUGUCCAAAAGGUACAUCAAAUUGUAUGGAAAAAACUUUAUCAAAUUAUCGUUUUUAUUUAUCAUUUGAAAAUUCAAAAUGUGAUACAUAUAUAACAGAAAAAUAUUGGUAUCACGGUCUUAAUGGAAAAGCUGUACCGAUUGUAUUAGGUGCUAAAAUCGAACAAUAUCAACGUAUAGCAAUACCAAAUUCAUAUAUUCAUGUUGAUAAUUAUCAAACAAUUGAACAACUUGCAAAAGAACUUCAUCGUUUAAAUAAAAAUGAUUCAGAAUAUAUAAAAUAUCUUCAAUGGACACAAUUAUAUGAUGUUAGUGAACAUUAUGGACCAACAGCAAGAUAUGAUUAUCAUUCAACACUUUGUUUUCUUGGUCAUUAUCAACGUUUACAUGCAAUGAAAGAAAAUAAUGAACAAAGACAAUAUUUAUUAAAACGUAUACGUGAUAUAUUUAAUAUAGGAAAAAUGCAUUUACCAAAUUUUAAUUGGGAAACAGCUACAACAAAAUUAAUACGAAUAAGUGAAUUUUAUAAUCCAAAAGUUAAUUGUUGGGAUAAUGAUUUUCCAUCAUUUCUUAGGCGAAUGAUUAAUUUUUUGUUGAUUUGGUGGAAAUUGUUUUAA